GAUGUUGCUAUGGUUACAGAAUAGCAUGUUGCUCGAGCUCACGUCGCAAACUAGUGUCGAAAAGUCGAAAAUACUUGCUUGAGCCCAUCUGGCCAGAUAUUUAAGCUCCUUAGCUCGCUCUAUGACGUCCAGAGUGAAGUGAAGCCCUCGCCAAGGUUGUGUUGCGGUCGUCAUCAGUAGCGGCAGCGGCAGCAGCGAGCAUGUCCGGCGACCUCGCUGCCGUAUGGGACGUCGCGUUGAGCGAUGGGGUCCACAGGAUCGCCUUCGAGCACGGCACCACCACCGGCAAGAGGGUCAUCUACGUCGACGGAAAGGAGGUGCUGAGGCGGGACUGGAUGUUCAAGCUGGUGGGCAAGGAGACGUUCAUGGUGGGCAAGCUGGACACCAAAGCCACCAUCAACAUCGACGCGGUCAGCGGCUUCGCCUACGAGUACACCCUGGACAUCAACGGCAAGAGUCUCAAGAAGUACCUGGAGAACAGGGCCAAGGUGACCAGCACCUGGCUCCUCAACCUGGACGGGAUGGAUUCCAGGGUGGUCUUGGAGAAAGACACCAUGGAUGUUUGGUGCAAUGGACAGAAGAUUGAAACUGCCGGCGAGUUUGUGGACGACGGCACCGAAACUCAUUUCACCCUGGGCGAGCACAACUGCUGCGUCAAGGCGGUGAGCAGCGGCAAGCGACGGGACGGACUCAUUCACACCCUUCUCGUGGACGGAGCCGAGAUAGCCGAAUGCACCGAGUGACUUUUCACGUCUCGUGGAUCUGCUGUUAGGAGACAUUCUGAAAACACUGGAAAAGCCUCUUGUACUGCAUUGUGAGGAAAAAACAACAACAACAGGAACAGGAACAUCAUCGCCUGAAUGCCAAAGAGCCACCCCUUAAAUUUCUUUUUUUUGUCCUUCUGUUCCCUCCACGUUCCUCAUUGGAUUUAAACCUUCCCGAUCUGAAAUUGUUCACAUUUCAGCAAUUCAUCCAUUGCAAUUUUUCUAGAGAAAUUGCAUUUUUUUUAGUUUGAUCGACCAGUGAAUGUAGUGUCAGGAUUGAACGAAAACAUUUCAAACUCCCGAGAGCGCUUUCACAUGGCAACAUCAAAUUCGGUUGGCUCCUCUCUUGUGAGUAGACCCAUAAAAAAGUUUCAAGAAGCCAUUCCUGAAUCAAAGUCUGCCACGUUCGUUUUAAGCUGCCAUUCUCGGGCCAUUUGGACAAUUUCCAGGGGACCUUUAAAGCCAAACUCGAGAGGGAGAGAAAUUUCUUUCCCCCUGAAUUGUUCCCCAUUUCGGAGUACCUAUAGGAGACGGAUAUGUUGUUUUGAGAUUUCGUGUUUUGAAAUUUGGAAUGUCAAAGUUUGACCUCCAGCAGUUCUGUGGCGUUACUUGAAUUGAAGAUAGUUCUGGUUUCCAGUCAACAUAAGCUAGAGAUUGAGAUACUGUGUAAGUUUUGGGACCAGCGUUGUUUUACAAGUCGAUUACUGCGAAGUAGCCCAGCAGCAAUUGUUUUUGUUACGCCAAAUGCAAUAAAUACAUAGCCAACUUUGUUUCUCAAGUAUUUCUGCUAAGAAACGAAAUAAAAACCUCAGCGCUUUA